UCCCUGCGCUUCAGAAAGCGGUGGAUGGUUACACAACAAAGACGGGAGGGACAGCACAGCCGCGCACAGCUCACUCCCUCUCUCCGAGGACUGAACAAACAAAACGAGAGACCGUUUCACAAGGAACUGCGAGUGUGUGAAAGAGAGAUCGUGACCGUCAGGUUUUUUUUGUUUUGUUUUUUAAAUUUCAACCGAAAUGUCGUCCAGCAGAAGAGUGGGUUUUUAUCGGCAAGACAUCAGCAAGACGGUUUGGGAUGUCCCGGAUCGGUACACCGACCUGAAGUCCGUGGGUUCGGGGGCGUACGGAGCUGUGUGCUCCUCCACAGACAAGCGGACCGGAUCCAAAGUGGCCAUCAAGAAGCUGAACCGGCCCUUCCAGUCAGAGCUGUUUGCAAAGAGAGCCUACAGAGAGCUGCGUCUCCUCAAGCACAUGAAGCACGAGAACGUUAUUGGGCUGGUGGAUGUGUUCACCCCUGACGUCUCAUUGGACAGAUUCCAGGACUUCUAUCUGGUGAUGCCCUUCAUGGGCACUGACCUGGGCAGGAUCAUGAAGCUGGAGAAGCUGACAGAGGACCGCAUCCAGUUCCUGGUCUACCAGAUCCUGAAGGGUCUCAAGUAUAUCCACUCAUCGGGGAUCAUUCACAGGGACCUCAAACCUGGAAAUCUGUCCGUCAACCAGGACUGUGAGUUAAAGAUCCUGGACUUCGGUCUGGCCCGACAUGCGGACAGUGAGAUGACCGGCUACGUGGUGACGCGCUGGUACCGCGCUCCGGAGGUCAUCCUCAACUGGAUGCACUACACCCAGACAGUGGAUAUCUGGUCAGUUGGCUGCAUCAUGGCUGAGAUGUUGUCUGGGAAGCCUCUCUUCAAGGGGAAUGAUCAUCUGGAUCAGCUGACAGAGAUCAUGAAGAUCACAGGGACACCUACGCAAGACUUCAUUCAUAAGCUGCAGAGCCAGGACGCUAAGAAUUACAUCAUGAGUUUACCCAAAGUCCAGAAGAAAGACUUGCAAGUGUUUUUUUCAAAAGCAAACCCUCUAGCGGUCAGUCUGCUGGAGAAGAUGCUGGUUCUGGACGCGGAGCGGAGGAUCACAGCGGCCGAGGCACUGGCUCACCCGUACUUCGAGUCGUACCGAGAACCCGACGAGGAGACCGAGGCUGAGCCCUACGAUGAGACCCUGGACCAUGCAGACAUGCCUGUGGAGCAGUGGAAACGUCACACGUUCACAGAGAUCCUGACCUUCAAGCCGGCAGUGCUGGAGUCUCGGGAGACAUCCCUGUAAUGCUGGAGAGGAGCAGGCUGCCUGUCUGCGCUGAGGGGAGAAGGGCAGCAUUGCUACACAUGCAAUAAGCAGGGACUGGACCAGAGGACUAUCCCAGCCUGACUUCAAACUCACAACCUGCAAAUCUGAGUGAUAUCAGGGAUGGAAAUAAGACUCCAAUUGCACAGCAGAGUCACCCAUUCCAGCUGUGUUAGCCCCAGUGUGUAUAGAUAACAAGCUCAGAUGUGUCUUAAUAAACCCAUAGUAAAACCAGGAA